ACCGGAUGCCCGCCGAUGGCCCCUUCUCCCCCAGGGCAGAGCGGCUUGGGGAAGUCCACCUUGAUCAACACGCUCUUCAAAUCCAAGAUCAGCCGGAAGUCAGUGCAGCCGCCCAGCUCAGAGGAGCGCAUCCCCAAGACCAUCGAGAUCAAGUCCAUCACGCACGAUAUCGAGGAGAAGGGCGUCCGCAUGAAGCUGACGGUCAUCGACACGCCGGGCUUCGGGGACCACAUCAACAACGAGAACUGGCUGCUGCCAACCCCGGGGGUCCCAGGGCAGAGCGGCUUGGGGAAGUCCACCUUGAUCAACACGCUCUUCAAAUCCAAGAUCAGCCGGAAGUCAGUGCAGCCGCCCAGCUCAGAGGAGCGCAUCCCCAAGACCAUCGAGAUCAAGUCCAUCACGCACGAUAUCGAGGAGAAGGGCGUCCGCAUGAAGCUGACGGUCAUCGACACGCCGGGCUUCGGGGACCACAUCAACAACGAGAACUGGCUGCUGCCAACCCCGGGGGUCCCAGGCCCACAUCUCUCCCCCCUGAACCCCCAGAUCACCGCCGACCUGCUGUCCAAUGGCAUCGACGUGUACCCCCAGAAGGAGUUUGACGAGGACGCGGAGGACCGGCUGGUGAACGAGAAGUUCCGAGAGAUGAUCCCGUUCGCCGUGGUGGGCAGUGACCACGAGUACCAAGUGAACGGGAAGAGAAUCCUCGGCCGGAAAACCAAAUGGGGCACCAUCGAAGUGGAGAACAUCCUGCACUGUGAGUUUGCUUACCUGCGGGACCUCCUCAUUAGGUGAGACCUGGGGUGGGGGACCCAGAUCGGGGUGUGGGC